AUGUCGUUCGGCGGUGGAGGAUUCUCCUUUGGCGGAGGAGCCAACAACAACACUAACAACGCGGCUGGCGCUGGCGGCGCUGCCAACAAGCCUUUCUCGUUUGGGGGCGCAUCCAACACGGGCGGCUCACUCUUUGGCGCACCUGCAGCAUCCGCUCCUGGUGCAACCUCCUCGACUCCAGCCCCCGCCAGCGGAGGACUCUUUGGCUCCAGCACCGCUUCAUCCACACCAUCUGGUGGCUUCUCCUUCGGCGGAGCUGCAGCUGCCAAACCUGCCGCUCCUGCUUCGGGAGGUUUCUCAUUCGGCGGUGCAGCGUCCUCCUCCACACCUGCUCCCGCCGCACCUGCUUCGACUGGUGGCUUCAGCUUCGGCGCGAGCAAACCGGCCGACUCUGGUUCAGCUCCGGCUCCUGCAUCAGGUGGAUUCUCCUUUGGCGGCAGCGCGGCACCUAAGCCUGCAUCGGGAGGCUUCUCCUUUGGCGGCGGUUCAACUCCUGCUGCUGGCACGACGUCGACGCCAGCAAGUGGGGGUGGAUUGAGCGGGUUCGGAUCGUUCAAGCUCGGCGGUGGGAGUGAUUCGGCCACUCCAGCUGCGGGAUCAACAGCCGCGCCGGCUGCGGGUGGAUCCCUCUUUGGUGGAGCAUCUAAGCCUGCGACUGGCGGAUUCUCGUUUGGUGGAUCGUCUACGCCGGCUUCGACAUCGACUGCUGCACCCGCUGCACCGGCUGCUGCCCCUGCUGCGGGAGGGUUCUCGUUCGGCGGCUCGAGCACACCUGCUUCGACUUCCACUGCUGCUCCGGCUGCGCCAGCUGCCUCGGGCGGUGGCUUCUCGUUCGGUGGAUCAUCUACACCUGCUUCGACCUCAACGGCUACACCCGCUGCACCCGCCGCCGCCCCCGCUUCAGGAGGCUUCUCCUUCGGCAACUCUGCAUCCAGCUCUACCCCCGCCGCUCCCGCUGCCAAACCAGCAGGCGGCUUCUCGUUCGGCAACACCUCCACUGCCAGCACGACAACUCCAGCCUCGGGAGGUGAGGCGAGCAAGCCCGCUGCUGCUGCUGCUGCGCCUGCUGCCGGCGGGUUUUCAUUCGGCAAGCCUGCGGCUGCACCAGCGAGUACGGCGACGACGAGUGGUGCCACCUCUGCGCCGGCCGCUGCUGCCCCUGCUCCGGCCGCGGGAGGCUUCUCCUUCGGCAAGCCUGCCACCACUGCUGCUCCUACCACCACUGCCGCGCCCACCGCCUCCACCGACGCGCCUAAACCCGCGGGAGCCUUCUCCUUCGGCGCCGCUCCCUCCACCACCACCUCAAAAUCCGCCGACACCGCCACCAGCGCCACCACUGCUCCCGGGGCGCCCAGCGCGCCCGCUGCAGCGGGUGCAAUCCCCACCCCCUCCCUUCUCCGCGGCAAGUCUAUGGAGGAAAUCCUCUCUCGCUGGUCUACCUCCCUCACCACAUCCGUUACGGAGUUCACCCGUCAAGCAGCCGAGGUAGCAGCGUGGGACAAGGUCCUCCUCAAAGCUGGGGACGAGAUUUCCUCCCUCCUCACCUCCCUUGCUGCAGCGGAGGAGAAGCAGGCGGGGAUCGAACGGACGCUGGACUACCUCGAGUCCUCGCAGAACGAUCUAGCCUACCUUGUGGGGGAGUACGAGUCCCAGAUUGACACGUUGCUCCCCAACGUCACGGCAAAUCUCAAUCUGACCAGUGCCGACGUGGAGCGCGAACGCUCGUACGCCCUGGCCGAAACGGUCAACGGCCAACUCGACGAUAUUGCCAAGAACUUGGGGGCCAUGAUCGGAGAGUUGAACGCGACAAACUCCCCCUCUACCACCGGUGGCAACGGCGAAAAGGGCGACGGAGAGGCGUGGCAGGAAAGAGACGGAUCCAUCGGACAGAUUGUCGCCAUUCUUAACGCGCAUUUGGGCAGUCUCAAGUGGAUCGAUGCCAGCGCGCAGGGGUUGAGAGGCCGAUUGGAGGGGUUGCGUCGUGGACAGGUGUGA